UUUUUUAUUCGUCCGUUUCGGCGGACGAGUAGACACUUGAAGUCAUUUGACAGGUGUAAAAUGUUUUGGAAUUUUUUUUAUACAUUUAUUUAAAUAUUGCAGUAAAACUUAUCUUAAAAUCCUUUUAAAACAUGACUGUGGACCUCAGUAAAAACAAUGCUGCCUUAAAAGAAGCCUGGAAGGACGUUUUAAACGACAAAACCGACACAAAUUGGGCUCUUUUCGGGUACGAGGGACAAACUAACACACUGAAGCUCGUUAGCAAAGGCGAUGGAGGUAUUAACGAACUUCGGGAAGACCUGAAUUCGGGGAAAGUCAUGUACGCCUUUGUUAAACUGUACGACCCUAAAACUUCACUUGAUAAGUGUGUUCUGAUCAACUGGCAAGGCGAGGGGGCGAAUACAGUAAGAAAAGGAAUUUCAGCAAAUCAUUUACGCGAUAUAGAACGAUUUUUUACUGGAGCUCACUUGACUUACAAUGCCAGAAACGAGGAUGAAGUUGAUGAAGAUUUGUUGGUGGAUAAACUCAAAAAAGUGGGAUCGGAAUAUAGUUUCAAAAUGAAAGUUGAGCCUUUUGAGCCUGCUGUCCCUGUUGGCACAAGAUAUCAGAAAGUUAAUGCAGUCAAAGAGAUUAACUCACAAGAAAGAGACAAGUUUUGGAAAAAGGAAGAAGAAGAGGAGAAAAAACGCUUAGAGGAGGAAAAGAAACGAAAAAAGGAAGAAUCAUUGAAGCUAGAACUAGAAAUUGCACAAAGAGAAGAAAUCGAAACGAAAAAACGAGACCAUGAGUCGGAAUUGAGAAACGAAAAGAUCGAUCAAAUCAAGAAAAUAGAACAAGAAAGCACUAAACAAGAGACUGAAAAACAUACCGCUCCUGAGAAGCCUGUCAGGGCUUCAAUACUAAAAGCUCAAAGCAACUUUGAAAACAAUUCAAACCCUACAAUUUCUAAAUCACUUUCUCCUGAGCCAACAAAUGCCGAACAAGCUUUAAGUGACGAUGAUGGUGACCAGUUUGCUACAAUCAAAAGGUCUCCGAAAGACCUAAACAAUCAUAAGACUGCCGAAGAAACAACGACGCCAGUCGAAGAGAACGUAGCAGCCCCCAAAACAUCCCCAUUUAAUGAACAAACUGUUCAGAUGUUAGAACAAGAUUUUGUCGACGAGUAUAUUUAUGGAAUUAAGGAUUCUUACAAAGCUAGAGCUUUGUAUGACUAUCAAGCAGCUGAUGAUACAGAAAUAUCUUUCGAUCCUGGUGACAUAAUAACUAACAUACAGAAGGUCGACGAGGGUUGGUGGCAGGGCUUGGCACCAGAUGGCAUCACUUAUGGACUUUUCCCGGCCAACUAUGUCGAAUUAAUCGAGUGAAACUCUUUUAAACAAUUGGAAAAUUGCUGUGAGAAAAAAAAA